AUUGACUCCUGUGUUGAUCUGGACAAUUGCUUGUCCAUUAUUGAUGGAAAGCUGAUUCUUUCAUUAGAUAAAGAAAGUUAUCAAGAAUUAGGCCUUGAGGGUAAAGCUAUUCCAUCAAAAAACAAGAACCACCUGAGAUUUGCUCAAACCACAACUCCACUAUAAAAUAAAAGCAUUCACCAUGCCAGGCAAAAAGGCUCCUGGUUCUCUUCAGGAUCUUGCUAUGAAAAGCAUCCGCCGUGUUGUCUUGACUAUGGGCCAGCAUGUGAUACAUUCGGUGGCUGAUACUCCUCAUGAAACUUCUGAGGCAGGAACAAUUUUGCUCCAGAGUAGUUUAGAAAGGUUGAAUGAAGCUCUAUUUGGAAAUGUUCCUUGGUAUCUAUUUGACAAGCUCUCUCAAGUUGUUCUAGAGACAGUCAAUGAGCUAAUUGUGGAAACUCGGGCCUAUUUUGAUCACUGUCUUCCCAUAUCUAUAUUUGUUGCCCGAAUGAAUGUUGUGGUAAGAAUGACUCUUGUAGCCAUACAUCCUCAGUUGAAAAGCAUUGAUUUUUCAGCGUGGCCUAAAGUAAUGAGAAAUAUCCUCUACCAAAAUUUGUACAAAAUGACUGGUUUGGAGGUCCUCAAUCUUGGAUCUGGUUCAGGUGGUUGGGAAACUUCUGAUAUAGAGAAAUCUAUUCUCAGUGGUGUGGUGCAAAUGAAACAUCUUGUCUCUUUGUGUCUUUGCUUUGACUGCACUGAUCAUAUCUUAUCUGUAGUGGGACAAAAUUGUACUAUGUUGCAAAAACUAGAUGUUACAUCCUCCCGCUCAGUUACAGACCGAAGUGUGCCUUCAUUGUUAAACUGCAUGAAGCUGAAACAGUUACUUUUAUAUCGAACAUCUGUAACUGUUGAAGGGUACGCUAUUCUUCUUUCCAGUUUGCCACAGCUUGAAGAUUUAGGCCGUUGUGAUGAAUUUGGUCACAUUCUGGAACGAAUUAGAGGAAGUUCAAAAUUUCAGGGUCCCUUUAAGCUCCGCUAUUUGCAAAGUCGUGAUGUUACAACUUCUCACCUUUAUCUACUGAUUGAGAUGUGUCCUUAUGUGACUCAUGUUUCAAUCUUUCAUGAUGAAAGAAUUAGCGACUUGAAUGUCUUGUCUCACUUGCAACAGCUGACUGAGCUGAAACUUCUUUCAUGUGACUUUUUCUCUGAUAAUAUUAAAUCUCUGCUCGAAGUGAAGGGAUCCAAUUUAACAUGGCUGCACUUAGAGCAUGUUGAAGAAAUUGAUCUAAAUGCCUUGAUAUACAUCAGCCAGUUUUGCCCUGUCCUGAAGAAACUUGUGUUGUACAAUUGCGAGUUCAUGGACCAUUCAUCAUUAUCUUUACGAACCCUUCAAAUACCACCUUUCAGACAUUUGGAAAAAGUUACUUGCAUUGCAGAUUGUGCUCAAGCUCACCUUGAGUUUCUGUUAUCAAAUUGUUUCAAUAUCCGUUUCAUUCAGCUUGGAUCUUCAACUGGAAUAGGAGAUGCCAUUAUGGCUAAGGUUCUUGCAGUAAAUCCAAUGAAGAAACUUGAAGAACUAAGAAUACUAUACAGUGACGAUCUUAGUAUGCAUACUGUAGCACUUCUAAUGACACACUGUGAAAAUUUACGAGUGCUAUCUGAACUAGAGAGCUGGGCAGGUAUAUCAAAGCGUGAACUUGCUGCCUUCCGUACUGAAAUUCUUGAGAAAAACAUAGAUUUAGACAUCCGUCCUACCCUAUCAUAUUAGACUGCUGGGGUUAUUUCAUCCUCCUAGACAGAGGUUUCAGCUUUUGUAUUCUUUAUGUAACUUUUUGACUUGCUUUGAUGCUCUGGGGUUGUUGCUGUAAAGCAGUAAUUUGUUUUGUUUUAAAAUACGCCUUAGUUUUUGAACUUUUUAUUUUGUUUUGUUGCUGUUGUGUUGUCAAGCAUUUUGAAUUGUUUUUGCUGUUGAUUUUUUUUUGGUACCAAUGUAUUACUUGAGAAGGAAUGUAUAUACUUAUUUGUUUUAAUAGUUUGGGCCAGGCUAACUUUAUUUUUGGAUUACAGGUAUAAGUUAACCAUAGGCUUUGCUCUUGCUGCUUUCUCUGUCUAAUUAAUUUUAUUUUGCUGUGUUUUAACUGGAUCAUCAAUUAAAAGUUUAUAGGACGAUUGCAGACUGAUAGUGCUCCGGCUUUUUUGUCUCAGGUCAAAAGUCAUGAGCAUUGCAUGUAAUAUUUCUUGUACUGACCAAAUUUGCAUCUGUGAUGAAAUAUGGUGAGUUGUCAUUUUUGUUGUAGAUAGCAUAGCUUCAUGCAACUGGCCUGAUUUUUUUUUUGUUUCUUCUGCCAUUUGUUUUAUAUGUUUAAGUUAUUUUGUUUGAACUGAAGGUUGAAUGUGAUUGUUCUGUUAAGUUGGUUGUGAUAUUACUUUUAAGCAAAAAGUGGUAGAGUGAUGAAUGGAAAUGACUUUUCAAGUGCCUUGCUGUGUGACUAAUGUGUGGUCCAGGUCUGUAGAGGGAGGCCGGGCUGAUCUUUAAACCUUAAUUAAGUUGGUCCAGCACCUCCUGGGUGAAGUUGAUCUGAACCAUCCAGGCCCGGGCCAAGGUAGAUCUGAUUAACAGUUAAUGUAUGCAUAUGUAUCAAUGUACCUUUGUACUUAUGACAAAUAUGGAUGUGAUUGUAACUCAGUUGUCUCUAUAAACAAAUAUCUAAGUACAUU